CACCGCCGAGGCUCGGAGGAGGAGGAGGCGGCGGCGGCUCCCUCACGCCUGGCGCCGGGAAGAUGCUUGCUGCUGUCUGCCGUGACUCUGGCGGCGGUGAUGACGCAGGAGGCCUCUGGUGCCGAGACACGGGCGUUCAGAGCGGCCAAGACUGCGGCCCAGCACCACCCCCGGCCCGGCCAGGCAUUCAUCGAGGCCAACUGUACCCGACACUUGUGCCCUAAUGUAACGCACGGUGCCCGACCUUAAGACCCCUAACUACUAACGACGCCUCCGAGCGAGCCCUCCCCCUCCUUUAUAUUCAACCAAAUGAAACCUAACUUAAUCCUCUGAGACGUCCACUCCCAUACGUAGGGCUAAUUAGGACAGGUGAACUCCUCAGGCAGCUCAACACAGUGUCCAUCAACAGCUCCAAGGUAUGUCGGCAUGUGAAAGAGUAUUGGUAGAGGAUGGAGAAGUCUGCAGAAUCCUCACUUUACAGCAGGCAUAAGUGCAUGUAGCAAAUCCUGAGUGACAAUGACUGUCGCUUAACCCCGUCAGUGUCCGGCCCAGCUCAGCAUGCCAAGAACACCCCUACAGGAGAACAGCUAGGCAGUUGACAGUAGGACAGAAGAGGCUUGUAGGGAAGAAUAAAUGUCAUGGAAUGGUGGGACAUCCGGCACAGCAAGGAUGGGCUGGCGGAGGAGGAGCUGUCCAUGAGUGGCUGCAGAGUGGUGUGGUCCCGAGGUCAGGCUGGCCGAGUGGGGUCCCGGCAGGUUGUCAAGUGCACGACCUGAGACUCGGCUGUGAUACAUGCCAUGCUCGCCUCCUCCUACACCUGCCCAGACCAACCGUCCCUGCUGGGAGAACCUGUCCCUCAAGAACCCACAGGUUCAAUCACACACUCUGCGAAGCUUACGUGGAGGAAAACUGGUCUCCCGGCCAGGUGGUCACCAACCUUGUGGCCACGGACCUUGAUGCCUGGGACCUGGGCAAGCUGAGAUACACCGUCCUGCACCAGACCUCAGAAGCAGCCGUCACCAUGAACAAGGAAGGCAGUCUAUACACUGAGACACCCCUGAAUCGCGAGUCCCUGCCCGUGCACAGCCUCAAGGUGUCCGUGAUGGACGAAGAGAUCCAGGCCAGCUUCACGGUGGUGUGCGACAUGAACAAAAACCCACCAGUCUUUACGCUGCCGGAGUACCAGGCGAACAUCAUGGCUCCCAGGACGACCAUUCUUAAGGUCAUUGGUGUUAAGCUCACCGGGGAGCUGAGCAGUUGGACAUCACCCAAAGACAUCAUAUUGAAGGUCGCUGGAAUUCUGACAGUUAAAGGCGGCACCGGGGCAAUUGUUGAAUAUUUGGGGCCUGGCGUGGACUCCAUCUCCUGCACCGGCAUGGCCACGAUAUGCAACAUGGGCGCCGAGAUCGGUAAGAUUGGCUACAGUGAAGGUCGUGGCAGAGAGUGUACUCAAACUCCUACUGUGAGCUACUUCUGCUGCCUGCGCCCUCACCACCCCUGUGAAGGACGCCCAGCUGACCCAACCCUCCUCGUGUGCCCCUGAGAGCUCCCUGCAGCACAGCGAGUCUCUUCUUGGACGGCUCAGAGGCACAGAAGAUGUAGCCAGACUUGCCGGCCAAACCCGAGGGUGUGUGUUGAUGUUGGGACCAAGAAGAAGAAGAGGAGGAAAAGGAGGAAGAUGAUGAUAAAGGCAACAGGAAGAUCAGAAGAAGAGGAGGAAGAAUGGAAGAAGAGAAGAGAACACACACACACAUAUAUAUGACAAACACCUUUUUCUAUAUUUUUCAUUUUUAUUAGUCCAUACAACAUACAUUAGCUAUAUACAUAUAAUACAACAUAUGCAUAACUAUAUACAUUAGACCGUAGAGUGAGUGAGACUCGAGAGGCGAGAUAGAGGUGCUCUCUCUCUCUCUCUCUCUCUCUCUCUCUCUCUCUCUCUCUCUCUCUCUCUCUCUCUCUCUCUCUCUCUCUCUCUCUCUCACCUCACCACAGCUCACAGGACCCUACAGAUGUACCUCCCACAGUAUGUUGACAACUGCCCACAGACACAUAUCCCCCCAGCCUCAUGAAGGACCCCCUUCUCCUUCCCUCCCCCCCUAGCCAACAUAGCACCCACAUAGCCUUAUCAAAGUUACUAUGUAUAUGUAUGUAUGUGUGUUUUUCUAUUAAUGAAAAGUUAAUUUGUAAUGUUUGUGUGUUCUAUUCCUAUGAGAGAGAGAGGAAGAGAGGAAAAGGUAAAGAGGGAGAGAGAGAGA